AUGUACACAAAAUAUCGCAAUGCUGAUUUUUACAAUUUAAUAUCUACAGGUAAAACAGACUGUCCACAUUACGCCAAAGCGGAACUAUUAGCAGACCGUUUGCAGCGAUCUCUGCCAAACUUCAGGAUCCAAAAGAUCUCCAUCCUCCCACAUGAAUGGAAGGAAUGGCUGGAGGCCACCUGUAAAAGAAAUGGCUGGAAACACGAGCAGUCCCCUAUGGUUUGGAGGGAACUGGUGGACCAUGGGGGGAAAGGGAUUCUCUUAGGGGACUUCAGUGACUUCCUAGAGCAUUGCCAGGUAUCAUUUGCUCUCAGCUCAACCUGCCACUUCCUGAUCCCUUAUCUGCUCUCUGCUGAGGUGUUCCCCCACGUGUCUGCAAUCAGCCUCCACCUACUGGACCUGGAGGGGAACAUGGAGGAGUUGCAGUGGCUGAGGAUGGAGACGGAGGACCUGGCACUCCGUCUGCUCCAUCAAGUGACCAUUCACACAGAUCUGGAACAGGCCUUCCGAGAGGCGGAUGUCAUUCUACUGCUGGAUGAGGGGUGGUCGGAAGACCGUGAUGGAGAGAACGAGGAGGAAAUGAAGAAGACGACAGUAAAGGGAAUCUCAGACAGGUACAGAGAGUACGGACAGCUGAUUGACACAAUGGCCAACAAGGACGUGAAGGUGAUUGUGUCUGGUGAAUCUUUUGUGAACCUGAGAUGCUCACUUCUUUUGGACCACGCACACUCCAUCGACAGCCACCAGUUUGUCACCGUGGCAACUCAACUGGAGAAUGAAGCCAAGGCCAUCAUUGCAAUGAAGCUGAAAGUGAGGACUUCAGAUAUUACAAACAUCAUUGUUUGGGGAAACAUCAGUGGUAGUUUCUACAUUGACCUGCAGAGGGCAAAGGUUUUCAACUACGGUGGGGCAAUCAAAGGACCAGCUUUCUUUUCCCAACCAGCCAAAAGCAUUCUCCAAGGAAGGAAAUGGUUGGAAACAGACUUUCAAGACUUGGUACGUUGUCAGCGUGCGGCUGUGACUUCAAAGACCUGCCGAGCAGCUGCCAUGACGGUUGCCAACGGGAUGCUUGCUGUCCUUAAGGCUUGGAAUGGCAUUUGUAGUCCUGAUGAGGUCUUCUCUAUGGGUGUACUUUGCCCAGGCUACUACAAUCUCCCAGAUGGCAUCGUUCUCUCAAUCCCAGUAACUUUCACAGACGGUAGAUGGUCCGUGCUGUGUGAUGUGACUGUUGGAGACGAGUUGAAGGAGAGACUUCAGCUUUCUGCAAGUGAACUCCGGCAGGAAAAAGAACUUGGAUCAGAAAAUUGCACAAUGGUUAUAAAGUAGACGGUUGAUAGGUGUUAAAAAAUUUGCAUAUUGGGUGCCUUGGUAGCUCACCUGGUAGAGCGUGCGCCCUAUACAGGGGCUCAGUCCUCGACGCAGUGACAUGCAGCAAAG